GCGCAUGCGCGCAGAAGAGUGCAGGAAAGGCGCCAAGAGGUAGAGCGAGGAGCGUCGCGAGAGCAUUUGAAGAGCCAACAACAGGUCAGAGUGGUGGAAGCACAGAGGACAGAGAGGAAAGUGGCCCCAGAUAUGAGGUCUACUCACAAAAUCAAAUCCUCCAUUGUGAAAGUUGGAGCUGCUCCUGAAAGUCUGCCUGAAAUGGUGACAGAGGCCCAGGCUUCAGGAGUGUCAUUGGGCAAAGUCUCAUCUGUUGAAAGCUCCCCCGGAGGUCACGCUUUGGAAAACAAGGGCACAGGCACCUGGUCUCUGACGGCCUGGGUCUCUGAGGUCCAGGCUUUUGAGGCCCGGGCCGUGAGGGCUCAGGCCUGGGAGACACAAGCUUUUGAGGCUCAGAGCAGGGCCAGCCAUCCCAAGGCAACCCCUGUCACGGGGGCAGGGGCUGCCCCAGUCCUAAGACAGAGAUUCUUACCCGAGAAAGUUCAGGUGCCAGGGGAGGAGAAGAGUGAACUCCUCAUUACUCGCCCAUUCUGGUCCAACAAGGCUGAGUACCUCCUGGCCCAGUUGGGCUAUACCAUGAGGCCGUCCAGUCUUUGGAGUUUUUGCUACCUGUGGCUUCACAGCGGAGGUGGCAUUUUUCUCAUCAUCUACAUCUUCUUGCUGUUCUUGGUCGGGAUUCCUCUCCUCUUCCUGGAGAUGGCAGCUGGUCAGAGGAUGCGUCAGGGCAACAUUGGUGUGUGGAAGGCCAUCAGCCCCUGGAUUGGUGGUGUAGGGUAUACAAGCUUCAUGGUGUGCUUCAUCAACGGCUUGCUCUUGAAUGUGAUCACUGCCUGGAUCCUCUUCUACUUGAGUCAGUCCUUCCAGUUUCCCGUUCCGUGGGAGAAGUGUCCCUUACUGGAGAACGCCAGUGGCUUUGAUCCUGAGUGUGCACGGACGACGCCUUCCCUGUACUUCUGGUACCGGAUGACUCUGAAGGCCUCAGACAGCAUUGAGGACAAUGGGCCACCAGUGCUGAGUCUGACCCUGCCCUUAUUCGUGUCCUUGUGUCUUCUUGGUGCUUGCAUGCUUAAAGGGCUCAAGUGGACUGGGAAGGUAAUGUGUGUCUUGGUAUCAACCAGUGGUCUCAUAAUGCUCUAUCUUGUUGUGCGGAGUAUAAUGCUGGAAGGGGCGGUGUUUGGCCUUCACUAUAUGACAGUUGUCAAGAUAUCAACUAUAGCCAACGCGAACGUAUGGUGUGGAGCAGGGAGCCAAGUCUUAUGUUCCUUGGGCCUCGGCUUUGGCGCCAUUGUCUCCAUAGCCUCGCACAUGCAAUCGUCCAACAGCUGUCUCAGUGAUGCCAUUAUUGUGGCUCUGGUUAACCUGGUCUCCAUGAUGCUUGUCACACCUUUUAUCUUCUCUGUCUUGGGCUUCUGGGCCACACAGCUCACGCACCGCUGCAAUGCGAAGAAUAUUGAAACAAUUUUGAAGCUGGUAAACAUGGGGAUACUGCCUCCUGAGGCCCAGCCACCUCAAAAUCUGAUUGGUAACCCAACCUCCAUCUUCACCUCCUGGUUCAACAGCCUCUCCCACCCCAUCAAGAAGGAGGUCCUCAGCCAUGUGUCUGAGUGCAACUUAGAGGAGCAGUUUUUGAAGAUUAAGGAGAGCACAAACUUUGCUUUCCUGGCCUUCAUUGAAGCCAUGUCUUUUAUUCCUGGGUCUAUCUCCUGGUCCAUCCUGUUCUUCCUAAUGUUGCUGAACCUGGAGUUGUCCACCACGAUAGGGAUCACACAUAGCAUCAUUACCUCUCUCCAGGACACCUUUAUUUCUGUCCAGAAAUAUACAAAGCUGUUUACAGUGGUUGUCUUAAUGCUCAUGUUCCUGGGUGGCCUCUUCUUCACUCGACCUUCAGGCAGCUACUACAUCAGACUGCUGACUGACUACUGGACAAUCAUCCCUAUGAUCAUCGUCAUCAUAUUUGAAAACUUGGCUGUGAACUGGGCCAGAAAGGCCGGCAGUUUCUUCCCAGACACUGCUAACUUGUGGGGGUAUCCUCUGUACACCAUCAUGCGCUGGCUGUGGUCCUGUCUAAUUCCAUUUGUGCUGCUAGCCCUGUCGAUGAUCUCUGUAUUUCAACUAUCUCAGAAGAAUAUCACCUAUCUGGCCUGGGACUCAAGCACUUCAAAAGAAGUGGUUCGACAAUACCCAUCAUGGGGGCUGUUCACAUUGUUCGCCCUUUCACUAACGGUCAUCCUUCCCAUCCCCAUAUACUUUGUAUAUUGUUUCAUUCAUGGGAUUCCCUCCAACUCCACCAGGGACAAGCCUAUGAUAUCCUCCAAGUCCUUACCCGUAAGUCUCCAACUGACACCCAUUGAAGAGGUUGAAAAUGAGGAAAUCCUCCAAGGUGAUACUAAAAUUGCUGAUCAACCUGUUGUGUGACUUCCCAAUGAUUUAUUUGGCCUGACAUCAUAUAUCCCUUAAAACAGCUCUUAAUAGGCAAGUCAACAUCAAAUUGCAGCUGUUGAUGUCUCUAGACCCAGAGCUGCUUUUACUCCCAAGGAUAGGGACAUUUUUGGGUGGGGUGGGGGAGCUCAUGGAGCCUGGCUUUGCAGUUUGUUUCCUAGACCACAUCCUCCCUGGUUACUACUUUCAUCGUGUUUUCCCCAUCCCUUCCUCAGUAUAUACACUUACCAUUUUGUAUGCCAUUGGUGAUGCCUACAGAACCUGCUUCUCAACUGGUCUACUCAGUUUCUGGAAUGAAUCUGGAGGAAUAAUGCUGUUGGUCAAUAAAUUAGUCCACUGGGAUUCUAA